UUCCAAAGCCCCUUACUUUUCCAACUUUUUUCUUUCUAUUUUUCUUCAUUUUUAAUUUUUUAAUCAAUUUUCCAAUUUCUUUGAUUUUCCUUUUGGAAUUUUUUAUUGCAUUUUCCUUCUAUAAAUUGACCCCUCAAUUCCAUUACAAACCUCUUCCUCUUCUCUUCUCUUCCUCCUCUUUUGUUUACAGAUCAGUCUGAGAGCAUAAAUUCUCCUCCCAGUUCUUUCUUUCUCUUGAGGGCCGAGGCUCUGUUGGGUUUUCUUCCAAGAAUUUCUGGGUGUUUUUUUUUAGCUUAAUUUUGGGUUUUUGCUGUUGAAUCUUGGGUCUUUGGAUUCUGUACCCAAAACCCAUAUAUUUUCUGAUCCAAUUAGUCUUUGAAGUUGAAAUCUGAAUUUAAUCUUGUGUUUCUGCCGAGAUUUAUUUCUCUGUUCCGGAAAAUAAAACUCUGGAAAAUUAAAUGCUGAAAAUCUGGAUCUUAAUGUUUGAGAUUCAUGUCGCCAGUUCUCAGUGAAAUCCUCCGUUCCGGGUUUAUGGUAGAUUCCUCCCUCCGGCGCAGAACCCACCUCGUCCAAUCUUUCUCCGUCGUCUUCCUCUACUGGUUUUAUGUUUUCUCAUAAAUCAGCUCCCCGCACUGCCUAAUACCUAUAUUAUAUAUAUAAUCGCCCUUAAUUAUCUGAAUAAUUAGUAUUUGGUUCUUCGUGUUUAGGGUUUAAUCUAAGUUUUUAUAUAAGUUUGCAUAUAUUUCUAUGGCUUCUUCAAGCGGAAAUUCCUCUGGUUCCACUCAGCUUCAGAACUCUGGCUCCGAAGGGGAUCUGCAUCAUCUGGUUGAUCAAAGAAAGAGAAAACGGAUGCAGUCGAACCGCGAAUCGGCGCGGCGGUCCCGGAUGCGGAAGCAGCAGCACCUGGACGAUCUGACGGCGCAGGUCGCCCAGCUGCGGAAGGAGAACAAUCAAAUCCUGACCAGCAUAAACAUCACCACCCAGCACUACAUGAAUGUCGAGUCGGAAAACUCGGUCUUGAAAGCGCAGAUGGCGGAGCUCAGCCAGAGACUGGAGUCGCUCAACGAGAUCCUCGGUUACAUCAACGCCGGCGACGGUUACGGCGGAGACUUUGAAACCACCCCGAUUGCCGAUCACAACAGCUUCAUAAACCCUUGGAACAUGCUUUAUGUUAACCAACCAAUCAUGGCCACUGCCGACAUGCUUCACCAAUACUAAUAACUAAUCAAUGGCAACGAUGACAAUAGAAAAUUUUACCUUUAACCAGAAUGUCACUGAUUCGGUAUUUCAAAACCUUAACGCAUUAUUAUGUAUUUUAAUUAUCUCUAAUCUCGUUUGGUAAAAUGUUAUUGGUUUUAAAUAUUGUUACAGUGACGUUCCUGAUGUAAGGUAAGAGGGGGUGAUUGGUCAAUUCGUUUUGUUGCCUAGUCUUUGGUGUUGGUGGUGUUUGGAAUUGCAUCAUAGUCUCAAAUGAUUGGAGGAGGAAAGAACAACUUGGUUUUGUUUAUGUAAUUAGGUAUUAAUAUUAGGAGAAUCCAAUAUAUGAUGAUUGUGAUGGAAAUGGGCAAAAUUGAGAGGGACCAGAGGAGUAGGUUCUGGAAUUUGUAAUGAGUAUUACGGUGUGAAUGGUAAAUUAUCAAUGUAAAUUUCUCUAUUAACUUUAAAUG